CACUACCAGUGCGGCUCUGUGAGCCUCUUCUGUCAAAACCAGAAGCUCUCCACGGUGAUUCUUCAGUACCGGGCGAGAAUCCAUCCUAGUUAAAUAUUUUAAACGUUAGUGUAAGUGAAAAUAAUGAAGAGUGAAGUGUGCGUUUUAGUUUUGGCACUCUGCGGCUGCGUGAGUGCUCAACUCAAAGGUAAUCAAGAGGAUCCUUGUCAACUCAAAUCGAGGGUGGUAGGAGACCAGACAUACUGCGACAGAUAUUGGGAAUGUGUGAAUGGACAACCAGAACUGUACGACUGUCCCAAUGGUUUAGUGUUUGCGGGUAAAAACAGAGGGGUCACUGAAGGUUGUGACUACCCAUGGAGGUCCAAUUAUUGUGAAAACAAACAGCAAGUCAAUUCGCCAAUUGGUACUGAACACUGUGAUUGGUUAUACGGCAUCUUCGGCCACGAAACUUCCUGUACGCGUUACUGGACUUGCUGGAAUGGUACUGCUACUGAACAGUUGUGUAUUGGUGGUCUCUUAUACAAUGAGCGUACACAUUCGUGCGAUUGGCCCGAGAAUGUAGAUGGUUGUCAAAAGCAUCCUCUCUGUAAUGAUGAUCCUAAUGGAAACGUGCCCUUGGGGAAGUCCUGCAACAGGUACUGGCAAUGCCAAGGUGGAUAUCCUCGUCUCCAAAGAUGCCCAGCCAUGCUGGUGUUCGAUCGCAGGUCAUUGAGAUGCGUUGUACCUCCAACUGAAGACUGCGACGUACCAAGUACUCUUCCACCGCCACCAUUGGAAGAAGAUGAUGAGACGAACAUUCCACAGAAUAACCCGAAGAAUAAACCACAGUUUAAUCUUCCUCCUGGUGCUAUCGCCGUGCCAGAAAAGAACAGACCAAGAAACUAAAUUUAAUUUUUGCUACUUUGUUUUUAUCGCCACAUGUAGUAACACACGAACGGAGAAAUUUUGUACCUGAAGAAAGUGCAGAAGAAUUAUGGGUACAGUUUGUUGACUUUUUCUUUACUUAUUGCAUUUCUCUAUUCGUUGACAUGCUCGUUACGUAAUAAAAAAUUAUUUAUUUGUUUCUUGUGCAUUACGUUUGUGUUAAGUGUAAAUUUAAUCACUUUCACUCGACUUGUUUGUAUUACAUUUCCUUAUACACAAUUCUUCUAGUGCCAGUAUUUUUAUUUUUCGUCUUCAUUAUUCUUUUGUUAUAUAACACGUUGUGAAUAGAUAUAUUUAAGUUUAUAUCUUUUAAUAAUAAGUGUAUGAUAGUGUAUCUGAAAUAAAUUUUAUAAAAUAGAA